AUGGCAACCGGCCGCGAGUACUAUUUCGUGAUAGUGGGGCACAACGAUCAGCCGGUGUUCGAGAUGGAGUUCCCGCUAGUGGAAUCGCGAAAGCGCCAGGAUCAACCGGACACACGGCACCUGAACCAGUUCAUUGCGCAUGCAGCCCUGGACAUCAUCGACGAGCAGAUACUCACCAACCCGCAAAUGUAUCUCAAGGUUGUGGACAAGUUCAACGAGUGGUUUGUGUCGGCAUUCGUGACGGCCAGUCGCAUCAGGUUUGUGAUGCUGCACUGCCAGAAGAAUGAAGACGGAAUCAGGCAGUUCUUCCAGCUGUAUUUUGACAUUUCACAUUUGUGCAUAGAAAAGAGGUUAUUGUAUUUGCAGGAAAUGUACGAGAUGUACAUCAAACAUUCCAUGAAUCCGUUCUACGAAAUCGACUCGCAGAUUGUGUCGCCCAAUUUCGAGCAGAAAGCAAUAUUCUACGGGAAGAAAUAUUUGAGCACGUGA